AUGGCUGGAGGUGCCGGCCAUGUUAUUGGCAGCCAAACAGAUCCUGGUUCCUUCUGGGCGGUUUACCCUGACAGCAAUGCCGCUGCUGAUUGUAUGGUGGAUCCAGGCACCAAAGUUGACAACUCUUGCUGUGCCGCAUUGACACCACAGCCCAUCAUGUCCAGUAUGUCUUUGGAUGAAUGCUUUGCUUUUGCUUUUAACGAGCAGAUUCGGGCCUAUCGAGGAUGCACGGAGGAUAACCAGACAAUCUACGGCGAAUUCUGCCUUGCGGGUCCCCCCUUGAAUGGGACUAUGGAAGAAUGUGGUUGCAAGUUCACGCUACAGGGCACUGGAUGCUACAAAGCCAAUGAUUUUCCUAAUGAUCCCCGGCAGUUCUUUGUCUACUUGGACGAUAUUGAGUGCGAAGACAAUAAGAUGGACGAAAACGGCGAAGACGGAAACACGGACCACCAAGACGAGGCAUCUGAUGAAGACAACCACCCGGUUGGCGUCAGUGUAGCUUUUGGCAAACACAGGAAUGAGGUGGUAGUCAUUGUGGGAUCUGCCAUUUUUGCCUUCGCGUGUUGGGCUUUUUAA